UGCAAUUUAAUGGCUGUCAAACUGGAGUCUCUGCUACGUAUGAUCUUUGCAACAUCGAAUAUGUAUACACUAUACACUCUGGAUGAAACUGCAGCAUUACAAGUGAAUAUAUACAAGUUGUUUGUUUCUCGUGUUGGAGCCUGUUUGUGUCAUUUGAGUCAGUUCCGCCGAAAUGUCUGUACUUGCCUAUAACGGUGGGGCGAUUAUCGCAAUGAAAGGUAAAGACUGUGUAGCUAUAGCAUCUGAUAAAAGAUUUGGAAUUCAAGCUCAGACAGUGUCAACCGACUUCAAGAAGAUAUUUGAAAUGGGACCACAUUUAUAUAUGGCUUUGCCAGGUUUAGCUUCCGACACGCAAACCGUGCAUCAGAAGCUGAAGUUUCGCCUUAACCUCUACGAGCUGAAAGAAAACAGGAAUAUCCACCCUAAAACAUUUGCAGCAAUGGUUUCGAAUUUACUUUAUGAGAAAAGAUUUGGACCUUUCUUUGUCGAACCGGUAAUUGCGGGUUUAGAUCCUAAAACGUUUGAGCCAUUUGUUUGUAACAUGGACCUCAUAGGUUGCCAAAAUAUCCCAGAAGAUUUUGUAGUCGGCGGAACUUGUACUGAACAACUCUAUGGAAUGUGUGAAGCUCUGUGGCGACCAGACCUAGGUCCGGAUGAGCUCUUCGAAGCCAUAUCGCAAGCACUGUUGAAUGCUGUUGACAGAGAUGCAAUUUCCGGAUGGGGAGCAGUUGUGUACAUCAUUGAAAAAAACAAAGUCACCGUGAAGCAGCUGAAGACGAGAAUGGACUAAGUGGAGAUCCAGUGCAACUAAUGUGUGUGUGUUGGAGAUUGGUGCAUUACAUUGUUUAUAAAGAAACAAAUAAAGCUGUGUUUCCUUAAA